AUGGAGUGUAACUGCAGCCCGGACAGCCACUGUAAAGACACGGCCGACCUUGACGAUGCUGUGACAGGCCUGUGGCUGAGCAGCAACAGCGUCCUGAUGGGAGCUCUCACGGUGGCGGGGUAUCUGCUCUACCGAUUCUCACAGACACUGCCAGCUCUGAUCCGAUGGCCGAUCCGAAUCUUCUGCACUCUAACUGGCCUGUCGGCCCUGUGGAGCUGGGUGAGCCGUGUGGUGGGAACCCUGCGAGCUAUACAGAGCUUGUGCAAAUGGCUGUCUCAAAUUUGGCGGUUUAUUGUAGCGUUAUUCUCCAAGGUCGGCUGGCUGCUUUCUGUCAUCAAAGCCAUCCUAGGGCCGCGUGGAGGCAGAAUGGCGGAGACAGAGAUAGAUCAGACCAGCAACAGAAAACUGACCCCAAGUCCCGAUUUCUCCAGCCACGUCAGUUUUAGGGAUCCGGGCCUGAGGCUGAUCCUGCUGGGGCCGUCCGGCGGGGGGCGGACCUCCCUGGCAGACACCUUACUGGGCUGCAGUGCACCCCAGGCAGCGGCAGCCCCCACAGGUCUAAUGAUGGAGAGCACCAGAAGGACGGCGGUGGUGGACGGCAGGGAGCUGACGCUGGUCGACACCCCAGAUCUGCUGGGAGCGUCGCUGGGGGACAGCAGGAGGGCCCGGGAGGCCCUGAGGAGCCUCCAGCUCACCAGUCCUGGACCCCACGCCCUCCUGCUGGUGGUCCGAGCUCCGGGCUCCAGCAUGAGGAUCGACCAGGACACCGCCGAGGCGAUCCAGACCACCCUGGAGCUGUUCGGAGACGGAGUCGCAGGGCACCUGAUCCCGGUGCUCACCCACGCAGACCACCUGGGUCCAAGGCAGACUCUGGAACUGCUGCUGGACGAGAACGCCGGGCAUCUCAAAACAGCUUUGGUCCUUUGUGGCCAGAGGGCGGAGCUGGUGGCUAACAGCCCAGCCUGCCACCCAGAGGUGAAGAGGGUGAUGUGCAGGCGCCUGGUGGGGCGGGUGGUGGACAUGCGGGCGCUGAGGGGGCAUUUUGUCCACGAACUGCAGAGGAGGGAGGACCGCAUCAGGGAGGAGCUGCUGGCUGACAUGGCCUCUGCACUGGCUAGAAAACUGGGACACAUGUAAAUGGGCGAGGGAGGAGAGAAGGUGAUGAUGCUGUUGGUGCGUGUGUGUGUGUGUGUGUGUGUGUGUGUGUGUGUGUGUGUGAGACAGAGAUGGCGAGGGCAAUGUAGAAAGAGAGAGAAAGAGCCGGGAUUCACUCAAGUGUUAAACGUGCAAUUUUGAGAGCAAGUGCGAGGGUGAUUCUCUGCCCGAGGUAUUUUUGUCACUCUGUGGGUUUGCCACUGUCCACAUGAAUUUACUAUCGCUGCCUGCAUUCUGCCUGCAAACAUGCCGAACAUGCUUUUGGUUAGCUGUCUCACUCGCUUACGCUUUGUUUUCCUUUUUUGACAUGUUU